UGCUGUCACUGCAGUAAUGUGCUUGCAGCCUGUAGCCCCCUUCUUCUCAUCAGAUCUAGUCGUCCCUCAAGACAGCCCCGGCUGUUGGGACUAUGCAGCAGAGCAGACAGAGCUGCAGACCACAGGACCGAUGGACAGAAACCCUUGGGUGUAAAGCAGACUCAGAAAGGCCAUGAUCGCCCGGCCUAAUGCCACGCUCACCAGCCCCCUGGGUGACACCAGGACCUCUGAGGACGUGCAGCGGUCAGAGUGCGUCUUGGGAUUCUUCCCUGUCAUUUACUACAGCGCCCUCCUGUGUGUUGGAAUGCCAGUGAACAUCCUGACAGCGGUAGCUUUAUCCCGACUGGCGUCCCGCACCAAGAAAUCCUCAUACCUGUAUCUGCUGGCGCUGACGGCCUCGGACAUCCUGACGCAGCUCUUCAUCGUGUUUGUGGGUUUCCUCUUGGAGACUGCCAUCUUCCACCGCAAGGUCCCCGAGCUGCUGCUGCACUCCGUCAGUGUGAUGGAGUUCGCCGCCAACCACGCCUCUAUCUGGGCCACGGUACCCCUCACUGUGGACCGCUACGUGGCUCUCUGCCACCCUCUGCUGCACCGGCAGAUCAGCUACCCUGAGAGGGCCAGGAGGAUCAUCGGGACUGUUUUCAUUUUGGCCCUGGCCUCUGGAGUUCCUUUCUACUGGUGGUCAGAUGUGUGGAGGGUCAGUCAUGCGCCCACCAAACUGGACCAGGUGCUCAUCUGGACCCACUGCACCAUUAUUUACUUCCUGCCAUGCAGCAUCUUCCUGGUGCUUAAUUCGCUUAUCAUCUACCGCUUGAAGAGCCGGCACCGGAAACACUGUCACGAAGAGUGCCAGCAGCAGGUGCCCAAACGCCUGGGGAAAACCACCGCAAUACUGCUGGCUAUAACCUCUGCCUUCUCCGUUCUGUGGGCCCCGCGCACGAUCGUCGUGAUCUACCACCUCUACGUCUCCUCUGUCAACCGCAACUGGCGGGUGCAUCUGGCCUACGACCUUGCCAACAUGCUGGCCAUGCUCAACACCGCCGUCAACUUCUUCCUCUACUGCUUCGUCAGCAAGCGGUUCCGAUCGGCGGUCCGGGACGUUCUUUUCGGGCGGGGGGGUCCCUUGCCGCCGCACCUCCCCCUGCACCAGCACCAGGCUCCCUCAACCGCCUCGCACUGCUCCUCGUCCUGCAGCUCCACGCGGUGUCCCAGCCGGGACGCCGGCCUGCCGCCACCCAAGAGGACAGCGUCCACGCAGUGACCACCAGCCCCCCCCCUUCCUCACCCUUCGUAUCAAAGCACUGCAGCGCCGAGGAUCCUGUGAGAUCAGCGCCAGCAAUCAUCCAUUGAGUGGCAAUUGUUGUUGUUUGGCAAUCGGCAUUAGUAUUCGUUUGUAAUUAAUUUAAUGUUCGAUGUAAAUCAGAACACAUUUCCAUGAUAUACUUGGUACCCAAGCAAUGGUGACAUAAAUGCCUUUUUACUACUGUCAAUAGGUACAAUCUGUACCUUAACAUUUGUGUGCGCUAUAAGUACAAUUCACAUGUACACUACAUGCCUCAAGUUGUGUGUUCCUAUAGAGGAACAUGGACAACUCAGAAUUUUGAGACAUAUACAUCUUGUAGCAAUAUAUUUGAAUACAGUAUUGAUUUUUUUUAAAGGAUAACAAAAGGUUUACUUAUGACUAAGAGGGGUCUUAUGUUAAUUAAUCAGUUUGUAGUUGCCCGAUAUUAAAGUGAAAUUAUAUUUUAAAAUAAUCCUCUAAAUGAAUUUCAAUUAAGCGUGUCAGCUUUUAUUGAUUCAUAAUCUACAUCUUUCGGCGGAGUUUGGUUUUGCAGUUUUGGUCCAAAGUUUUCAUGUCACCUGAAUGUGUAUGAGCACAGUGUUCAGCUCGUUGGAAAAUCCUUUACUAACUUUGGGAAACCAAGCUCCCUGGUUAGUGUUAAACAAUAAUUGA